AUGAAAAUGUAUUUUUCGACAAUGAAAAAAUUAUCGUCAAAUAAUUCUACAAAGGAAAAACGACAAUCUAUACAAGCACCCAAGGAAUGUAAAGUUUGUGGAGCUUUUGCUAAAUAUUCAUAUUUUGGCAUAGUUUCAUGUCAUCCAUGUAAAAUGUUUUUCAAACGAACUGCUGAACGUGGAAAAGAAGCAUUCAGAUGUCCUUAUGAUGGUGAUUGUGAAAUAAAUAUAAAUAAUCGUCAUAUAUGUUCUUAUUGUCGAUUGGUUAAAUGUUUUAAUAGUGGAAUGCAAACUGAGAUGAUUCGAUGUUCAUUUUCAAAAACAAGCAAAACCAAUCGAAAAAAAAAAUCAAUAAAAAAUUCAAAACAAAUAGUAUCAACAAGUUUAUGUCAACUGAAUGAACUUGAACAAGUAAAAUUAUUUGAUUAUCAUAUUUCAUUUCCUACUUUGAAUCUUUUACAAACAGAUCAAUCGACAUUAACUAUUGAUCAAUGGAAUCUACUCUCUAAUAUAUCACACUGCUAUGAUGAACAUAGUGGAUUAUCAAUAGGUGAACGUUUCAUGCUUGAACAACAUGUUCUACCAAUUAAAUUACGCUUUAAAAAAGAACCAAUAAAGGAAUUGAUUCAAAUGUCAUUAGAUAAAUGCCAAUCAUUAUAUAUAAAUAAUCGAGAUUUUCUCUCUUUAUCUAUAGAUGAUCGUUCGAUUUUACUUCAUACUACAUUUACAUAUACGGGAAAUCUUUCUGGAAUUUUUAUCUUCUACAAAAUUCAAUUAACGAAUUAUCCUAUUUAUUAUAAUGUUAUAGAAAUGCUUACUCAUCCAAGUGUCAUACCUGUUGUUAGACGUAUAGUAGAUCGCCUUGAUUUUGAUAUGAUCAUUAUGAAAUUAUUUCUUGCUAUUCUUUCAUUUUCAACAAAUUGUAAUACAGUCUAUUCAAAUACUUCUUCAGAAAACUUAUCAAAUAUCAAAGAAAUCUUACGUAUUCAAGAUACAUAUAUUGAACUAACAUGGCAAUAUUUACUUUAUAAAUAUAAUUUUGAACGAGCUGUUAUAUGUUUAUCUGAUUUUAUUAGAUGUUUCUUUGCUAUUCAUGAAGCUAUAGUUAUAACGCAUGAUGUUCAAUGGCUUACAGAUACAAUCGCAUCGAUUAUUAACCAAACCGAACAAACUCUUACUUUCAAUUAG